CCGCUGCAACCUAUGGGACUCGUCGGGUUCCCUCUUCUCGUCUCUCCAUCGUUCUUCGCCCCAGCAAAGGGCGACGUCUUCGUCGAUCUCCCGUUCGGCGGAUGGAAGCCUCCGACGUGUCCCGCCAUCAAGGUAUGUUUUGGUCACUGGUGUUUUGAGCAAUGCACCAAAGCACCAUGAUGAUAUGGUCUCGAUCUGGUUGCUGUCAUCCUUGAAAAAGUCAUUAUGCGUGGAUUGUUCCUAUUCCUGGCUUGCGGCCAUGGCGAAACCGGAUAAGCUGAAGAACAAAGGGUCGGCGGCUGCCUCCACUGCCCCUUCGAAAAAGAUUAAGAAAAAAAACAAAGGGAAAAAGAUCAAGGGUACUGUUGCGACUGAUUUGGCUGAUGCCGGGGCCGUGGCCUCGACCUCGACCGCCGCACCGGCAGCUGAGAAUGUGAAGGCUGAGGACAAGAAGAAGUCUGAGGAGAAGAAGAAGCCCGAGGGGCAGAAGAGGAAGGAGAAUGAAGAAAGACGGUCGGGUUUCAUCUUCAUGUGCAGCGGAAAGACAAAGCCGGAGUGCUACAGUUACAGGGUGUUCGGGUUGCCCAAGGGGAAGAUAGAGUUGGUAGAGAAGAUCCAGCCAGGAACAAGACUAUUCCUCUACGAUUUCGACCUCAAGCUUCUCUACGGGGUCUACAAGGCAACCACCAAAGGAGGGAUGAACCUCGAGCCACAAGCUUUUAGAGGGGGAUUCCCAGCACAGGUGAAAUUCAAGAUCGAUAAGGAUUGUUUACCUCUACCUGAAACUAUUUUCAAACGUGCUAUGCAAGAAAACUACAACUCCAAGGGCAAGUUUACGCCAGAGCUCAAUUCAAAACAGGUCCGUAAAUUGAUGGCAUUGUUCCGUCCCAUCGAUCUACCACCUCAAGAAGCACCUCCUUCCCACUAUGCUGAGGAUCGGCAGCCCCCACCUCCUGCCCGGUUUGUUGAGGAUCGGCAGCCCCCACCUCCUGCUGUUAAUUUGGCCCCUCUGGAGGAUGCUUAUAGAACUGUGGCACAUGUUCCACAGUCCCGGUACAUUCAACAAGCACCCCCUCCUGGAAAUGAUCCAUAUGCACGUUAUGCACGGGCACUACCUGGGAUCGAAGCUCGAUAUGUUCCUGCAACUGUUCUGCCUCAUUAUGAUCCAUAUUAUCCGGCACUUUCAAACGAUCCUUAUUAUCCAGUACCUGCACGUGAUCCAUAUCAAGUGGAGACUCUGCGAGCUUACCAUCCUGAAAAUCCUAUUCCACCGGAGCGCAUCUUUUGCAUCAGACUCGGUUACAGGGUCAUACCUGAGUUGAUACCAAGGGAUCCACUUCCUCCACCAGCCAGGGACUACCAAACCCUUGGAGGGAGGGAAGCUGAGAUGGUUUCCCUUUCAGGUCAUGCAGGUGAGCUUUACUACCCUGAGCGUGGUGUCCCUCGUGCUGCUGUAGAUGUACCCCCCCAACCAAGCCUUUGGGCAUCAAGCUAUGAGGAUCCAAACCGAGCGUAUACUGAUAGUCUUCAGAGGCCAGUCGCUAGUAGAGCUAAUGUGGCAAACAUGCCUGUCUCAUCUCUUUAUUCAUUCGCUGGUGCUUCUACAUAUCUUCGUGGGAUGGGAAAUUGCUGCUCCGGCGACGUCCGCGGCGGGCAGCAGGCCGUUGGAGGCGGCGGGAUGGGAGGCACCGCUUCUGGUCUGGCCGGAGGGUCCAAUAACGCCGACGCCAACGAGGCCAUCGGCCGCUUCCUCAAGUCUCGCGGCCUUGGCGGCUUGCACUCCCAGAUCGAGCUGUCGCUGUCUGCUUCAAACUUGCAUGAUCGAGAUGUGCUUUCAAAGAGUGAUCCCAUGGCUGUUGUUUAUGCAAAAAGGAGAGAUGGACAACUUGAAGAGAUUGGUCGCACCGAAGUAGUAUUAAAUUCAUUGAAUCCUGUGUGGAUUGCAAAGAUUACUGUUAAUUACCUAUUUGAGGUUGUUCAGCCCUUGGUGUUCCAGGUAUAUGAUAUUGACUCACAGUUCCAUAAUGUACCAGAGAAGAUGCUUAAACUAGAGGAGCAACAAUUUCUUGGAGAAGCUAGCUGCCUUCUGUCUGAGGUAGUUACUAAGAAUACCAGAUCUUUGAGUCUAAAUCUUGUCCGUAGAGAGUAUGGAGGAACACAGCCUAGAAAGUUAAGUGAGCUCACUGUCCGUGCUGAAGAAUGUGUUGGUUCAAAAACAAUCAUAGAGAUGGUGUUCCGCUGUUCAGAUUUGGAAAACAAGGACCUUUUUUCUAAAAGUGAUCCUUUCUUAUUGAUUUCCAGAGCAGCUGAAAGUGGGGUACCUAUUCCAAUUUGCAAGACUGAAGUGAGAAAGAAUGAUCUGAAUCCAACAUGGAAGCCGGUGAUUCUUAAUAUGCAGCAAAUUGGAAGCAAAGAAAACCCUCUGACUAUUGAGUGUUUUAACUUCAAUAGCAGUGGCAAACAUGAUUUGAUUGGCAAAGUUGUGAAAUCACUGGCAGAAUUGGAAAAGCUUCAUCAUGAUCUGCGUGGUGAGAAUUUCUUUGUACCUACUGUUGUCGGGCAUGAUCAUCACAAUAAGGUAUUGAAGGGACAGAUAUUUGUGGAGAAGUUUUCUGAAAGCAAGAGGCAGACUUUCUUGGAUUACAUUGCUGGUGGAUGUGAACUGAAUUUCAUGGUUGCUAUAGACUUCACAGCUUCAAAUGGAAAUCCCCGUCUUCCAGAUUCCUUACAUUACAUUGACCCCUCAGGUCGGCCAAAUGCAUAUCAAAGAGCAAUAUUAGAAGUUGGAGAGGUCUUGCAGUUUUAUGACUCAGAUAAGCAUUUUCCUGCUUGGGGUUUUGGAGCAAGGCCAAUUGACGGCCCUGUCUCUCACUGCUUUAACUUGAAUGGAAGCACUGGCCACCCUGAGGUUGAAGGAAUCCAAGGUAUUAUGUCAGCUUAUAUGAGUGCUCUUCAUAAUGUAUCACUGGCAGGCCCUACACUUUUUGGGCCAGUGAUUAAUACUGCUGCACUGAUAGCCAGCCAGUCGCUAGUCAACAAUCAACAGAAAUACUUUGUUUUGCUAAUAAUCACGGAUGGUGUGAUAACAGAUCUCCAAGAAACCAAAGAUGCUGUGGUGAAGGCAUCCGAUCUUCCAUUAUCAAUUCUCAUUGUUGGGGUUGGUGGGGCUGACUUCAAAGAAAUGGAGGUGUUAGAUGCAGACAAAGGAGAGAGACUAGAGAGUUCUACUGGCCGAGUUGCAACACGAGAUAUAGUGCAGUUUGUUCCAAUGCGGGAUGUGCACAGUAGUGAGAUAUCAGUGGUUCAGUCACUUCUUGCGGAGUUGCCUGGACAAUUUAUGAGUUAUAUGCGGACUAGAAAUAUUCAACCACUUUGCUAAUAUAUUUUGCCGCAUAUGUGUCUGUAAUUUGGUUUUUGUUGCCUCUUUGUGUUCUCUUUUGCCCUCAGGCCAGUUUGAUGUUUGUCAGGCCUCUGCAUCUUCAUACGUUUAUUUCCGUGCUUUGUGCACAGCCCGGGAGGAGGGGGGAACAACGGAAUUAUACUACAUGAUACCAAGAUUUACAAAAAGAUUGAUCAUGAUUCCCUUUUACUAGAGCUGCAUUAUGUAUGCGUACUAGAUCACUUGCUUCUCCAUUUUCCAUUACUCCAAAAUUCCAGAGUUAUGAACAAUUGUAAAACUAUGUAGAACAUAGCAUGGGAAUAUGCUAUCUAUUUGCCCCAGGUUGGCUCUGCUUUAUAGCAGUCUCAUACAAGGUUGAGGUCCAUUUGCUCGAAUAAAUGUACAUAUUUAUGUUUGGCAUGUCA